CUUUUUCGUUUAGAGUCCCCGCCAAGGUGACGAGUGACGACGAAGGGAGAAGAAACGGACUGAAAGUUCUGCAGAUUCUCUUGAUCUUUUUGAAUCGCAGGCUCUACCGAAGAUGGAGAAACAGGAAACAGGAGGAGAGGAAAGUGCUAAGUCAGUGCAGAAGGAAGCAGGAGCUUUGAAUAAGGAGAUGGAGAAACAGGAAACAGGAGGAGAGGGCACUGCUAAGUCACUUCCCAAGGAAGCAGGAGCUUCGAGUAAGGAAAUGGAGCCAACAGGAGGAAAGGACACUUCUAAGUCACUGCAGAAGGAAGCAGUUGAUUUUAUAAGAGAGGCGAUGCUGAUGGUUGAUGAGCUUAAGAAGGCGAACGCAGGGGAUGCAACGUUUGAAAAAAUUUGUGAUGCACUUGGAUUCUGUGUAGCACGCUGCUACAGCCUGGCAGAGCUUCAAGCUCACAUUACCCAGAAGUUUGACUUGGAUGCUGACAUGUUAGAGGUCUAUACGAGGCCAUUGUUUCCGGGACCGGUGACGUCGCUGGAGGUGAAGCGUACGCAAAGUAUGCUGAGGUGUCUUCUGCCAAGAGAAAGAAAGCUGAAGAGGCGAAGCAGGAAGCUGAAAAGGCGAAGCAGGAAGCUGAAGACGCGAAGGAAGCUGAAGACGCGAACGAAGCUAGGGUCCGUUCUUGCCGCUUAGCUGAAGCUUGCACGAAGUAUGAAUAACAACAGGUACCCUUUCACUUUUGGUUAGUAUUGAAGAAAUCAAACCUGAAAUCAAAAUACUACUUCAUACCAUUUUUUUUUUUUUUAUAAAAUACCCUUAAUCUCUGUUCCAU